AUGCCACCCACCACCACCCACAACUUUGACGUCUUCAUCUCCCUCCGCUUUGGCGAGGCGCGGCAUGCCGCGCGGGGGCUUGAAAAGGCGCUCCAGGCGCACGGCUUGCGUGUGUUCUUGUGCGAUAUUGCUCCCGGUGGUGACAUUGCCAGGGCGGUCAUCCGGUCGCUGCAUGGGUGCAAAAUGGCUGUCCUGCUGGGCACACGCACAUACGGACAGCAAACGGCAAGCAAGUUCAGCACAUACGAAGAGCUGCGCUACAUCAUCGACCAAGAAAAACCAUUCUUCCUUGUCAAGAUGUGCGACGACUUUGUGGAGCCAGAAACCAAGUUCCACCUCCCCUCGAAUGUGGCUUACUUCCCAUGGCUUCCUGAAGGCGGUGAUGUGCCCGACAUGGAUGUUCCCGUUGAGCUGGUGGAUGCAAUCAUCGCCAAACUCAAAACGCUCCCCGACGCACCAAAAGCUCCUGCAGCGCCACUGCAGCGGCAUCAGCAUGGUUAUGGCGCAUUGCCACCACCCAACAUCCCCUUGAUGGGGCGCGAAGAAGCCGAGGUGCUCCUCCUCGACCGCGAUGAUUGUGCUUUUGGUGAUUACGUGGUGCGCCGGAGCAAGGCCGACAACCAAGUCGCCAUCAGCCUGGUCGCCCACGACCAAGUCGUCGAGCACCAUCUCCUCCAAAAGAGCGCAAAUGGCGAUUAUCAGCUCAACAACCACCCUCUCGUUCCGCCGUGCAAGGAUCUGACGGCCGCACUUGAGCACCUGUCGUCCAACCAAGAAGGCAUGACACGCACGUACGGCAACACCCGCACAAACGCACAGCCAGCUCCCCAGCUCCCCCCAAGGCCAGCUCCCCGCAGCGCAGGCGCAGGGAUGGCACCUGACAAUGGUGUGUCUGGUUUUGAAGACCAUCCAGCCUCAGGCUUUGGGUCGUGGGUGAACUCCUCGAACGAUUCAGAGUUGUACGAGAGCGUUGUCGACGAUCAGCAGCAACAACUGCACGCGCAACCCGACACGGCCGUGUUUCGGGUGCAUGCAGCAGCCAGUGGAACAACUGACGACAACACCCUCAGCGACAACAACACAAACGCCAUCAGCACCCAGUCCUCCUCAGCGUCGCUUCUCAUGCGAGCUGCACCCGCAGGUCUCAAAGCAUUUGGCUCGGGGGUGGGUGGCACCAGUGCCGGUGCGGUGCGCGUGAACGGUGGUAAUCGCCAGGUUCCUCGUGAGCAAGUGAGACUCAAGUUGGGCCCCAACUUGCGCUUGUACGUCGUGUACUCGUUCUUCCUUCUCCUCACCGCCGUGCUCGGAACCGUGGCCAUCGCCUCCCCCUUCUGGCUCACCACCCCCUCUGGACUGACGGGCAACUCCAAGGCCAUUGGCAUCGUCUCCUUCUGCUACGACAAGAACGACCUGGAUACCUGCGAGCGCUAUGGCCACUCUCCCAAGGAUAUCCCCAUUGAGUACUGGCGCGGCACUGCCGGUCUCUUCGUCUUUGCCAUGAUGGUCAUAUGGCUCUGCUUCGUCUUAUUCCUCUUCACAUGCUGCGCCUUCAAGGGCCUCACCCGCCCACAAAUUGGCCUUCUCUUCCUCUCUGCUCUAUGCGUGAUGAUUGCGCUGUUCCUCUUUGGCGCCGGCCUCAAGGACGCCAGCUUCUGCGGCAGCACCAAGCGCUUUGACCGCGGCGACUGCGACCUCGGCUACGCUGGCGGCCUAGGUGUUGCCACGUUUGUGUUCCUGAUCAUCUCCGCCACCAUCUCCAUCUUUGUCAAGUCCGCCGAGGACCAGAUUCCCUAAUCUAGCCGCCACACGACGGCAGAGUGCCCACUCAACACCGGGCAGCGACAGCACUUUCACACCACCACCACCACCACCAACAUCUUGCAACAUCUUGCAACAUCUUGGGUUUGUUGAUGCAUG